AUGUAUCUCACCAAGGCUUUCUGUGUUGGUGCGUCCAUUCUCAGUGUUGUCGAAGCCUCUACUAGCCGUGCUCGCGCGUUUACCAAGAGGCAUGCCGCCAGCUCGGAGGAGUAUGACUUUGUUGUCGUUGGUGGUGGUACCGCUGGUCUGACUGUUGCCCACCGAGUUUCGGCCGCCUUUCCUCAGAAGUCCAUACUGGUGAUCGAGUAUGGCAAGAUUGAGGGGACUGUUGGCUACUUCGACCCGCCCGAGGAUGGGCGUGGUGCCAGCCGCCUCGUCAUAAACUCCCCUCCCGUUGCCAGUGUUAACAACCGCUCUGCUACCGUCAUGCUAGGCAUGACUGUUGGUGGGGGAUCCGCCGUUAAUGGGCAGUUCUUGGAUCGUGGCUCCAGGUACGACUAUGACGAGUGGACGCGACUUGGGAGUCCCGAGUUUGAUAACACCACUGACAUCUGGGACUGGGAGAACUUUGGGCCCGCUUUCGGCAAGGCGAGUGCUAUCCCUUGGCUAUCCUCGCGCAGAAACCCCUUGCCAAUGCAGAUCCUCAUUCUAACUUCAAUCUGUUACGACGAGCUUGCAGGACAGUACGGUUACACUUGGGAUGCCUCCUAUUAUCCCGGUGACUCCAUUCAGGCCUCUUUCCCGCCCUUCCAGUGGCCUGUCCAAAACGUUGGGUGGAAGGCCUACGAGGAGCUCGGCCUCGAUACCCCCGUCAGCUGUGAUAAUGGGAACAAGCAUGGUACCUGCUGGGUUCCCACGGCCCAGAACUCUGAAACCGUCGAGCGAUCCCACGCUGGUGUCGGUCACUAUACUAGGGUCGUUGAUUCCCUCCCCAACCUCCACCUCCUCGUUGAGCACAAGGUUACGCGCCUCAUUAUCGACAGGGACAAUGAUGCACCGCCCACUGUCCAGUUUCGACCCGUUGCUGGCGGCGAGGUCCAGACCAUCCGUCCCAAGCAUGAAGUAAUAUUGUCGGCCGGUGCCAUCCACACGCCCCAGAUCCUCCAGCGCAGUGGUGUAGCUUCUGCCGAGUACCUCAAGUCCGAAGGCAUUGAUCCAGUUGAGGACCUUCCUGGUGUUGGCCAGAAUUUCCAGGAUCACUGCGGCACUCCCCUAGCCUGGUCUUAUGACGAACCUUCCCCCAGGGAGGGCGACAUCACAAACAACGCAACUUACGCUGCCGAGGCUGUCGCGCAGUUCCGUGAGCGCCCUGCCCGCGGUCCUUACACUCUCGCCAUGGGUAACAGCGCUGCCUACGUCGCCCUGAAGCACGUCAACCCCCAGUGGAAGCAAAUCGUUGCUGAUAUCCGCGCCCAGAUCGACGACCGCUCUGCUCUUGGAUAUCUCACCCCCACGGCUGCCGAGUCUGUUCAGGAGGGCUACCUCGCGCAGCUCGAGAUCAUCGCCCAGGCUCUCGAGCACUCUGAGCACCCCAUCCUUGAGAUGCCCUUCCAUACCGGCCCUGCAAUCGCCUUCCUCCUCAAGCCUCUCAGCCGUGGCUCCGUUGUCUUGAACUCGGAUGACCACGAUGCUACCCCCAUCGUCAACUAUGCCACCGGCGCAAACCCAAUCGACCUCGAGAUCAUGGUCACCUACGUCGACUACUUCCGCCGUAUCUACGCUACUAAUACGUGGCAGGAGCUCGGUGCUGUCGAGGUCGCGCCCGGCGCUAAUGUGACUGCUCACGACGCUCUUAUUGAGUACGUCAAGGACAACGUCGUCCAGUCACUCAUGCACCCCUGCUGCACGGCAGCCAUGCUCCCACGUGAGAAGGGCGGCGUCGUGGACUCGGGUCUCUCAGUCUACGGCAUCUCUGGUCUCCGUGUUGCCGACUGCUCGAUCAUUCCCACCAUCCCUGCCGCACAUACUACCACGACGGCAUAUGCCAUUGGCGAGAAGAAUUCUCUCGAGAUAUUUCAACCAAUUCUCACCCAGCACCUUUCUCAUCUUCUCCUCACUCCACCCCUUCCUUGCCAUCGCGACAGCCAGUUGGGCCCGGUCGGCCAGCGGACCGAGAGGCUUCACAACCUUCUGGCUCCCCCAUGGGGUGAGCUGCCUCGCAUACCCCUUGUCCUUGUUACACCAUGCCAUGAAGUCGCUCGGACGUCCGUGGCCCUCGCUCGCGUCGGAGCCGAUGCCGACGAGAUCCUCUCCCGCGAGGCCGAUGACAUAGUCGAGGGCAUCUACAUAGUCGUCGAUGGUGCUGUCGUUGCCCUUUGCCAUGUGCGGACCAAACUGGCUGAGGCCGAUGAAACCACCCUUGGAGGCGAUCAGCUUGAUCAAGCGGUCGUCCUUGUUCCGCGGAUGCUCCUUCAGUCCUCCCGGAAGCACGUGCGAGAAACACGGUGGCUUGCCCUCUGGAGCAUAGUUGAUGACAUCUUCACUGGUUUGAGGUCCGACAUGGCUGAGAUCGCAGACAAUCCCGAGCUUGGCCAUCUCAUCCACCACCUGUCUUCCGAACCCGGUCAGCCCAGAGUCCCUCAGCUCCGUGUACCCGGCGCCGCUGUAGUUUUGCGUGUUGUACGUCAGCUGCAUCUUGCGGACACCCAGAUCGCGGAAGACGCGCAGGUAGGACAGCUGGUCCUCGAUGCCCGCUGUGUUCUGCCAGCUGAGCAAUACGGCGGUGCGGCCUGA